AUUGAUUCGCAACCCUUACGUAAGUCCCUCCAAUGGGGGCAUAGUUUAACAGUUAGCAGCAGCUUAGACAGAAUAUGAGUGUAGAAUGAGGUGGCUGUUAUGCGGAUUUGUUGUCUUUUGGAUCGUAUCUCUGAUCGACAUCAUUGAUACCACACGUUACAGUCCAAAUGGCGCUUGUUUGGUCAAGAACAAGUACAAACACGAGCGUAGCUGCUCGGGACCACGUCGCAAGUUCUAUGUGUUCCAUCGCAUCAUUUUGAACUGCGUCUCGGUGUUUACCAAGUGCAAGCGCUUCCACAAGCACAACGAGUGGCCCUCGCUAAAGAAGUGCCAGUACGAAUGCGGCUGGCACAUGAAAAUCCAUUUGCCCAAAAAUGGCACCAAUAGCACCAACACGACUAAUCAAAGCUCAACAGCAGGCACAACAGCAGCAGGAGCAGCCGGAGGCGAAGGUGCCGCUGGCGGAGGCCAAGGUGCCCCGGGAGGAGGCGAUGGUGCCCCGGGAGGAGGCGAUGGUGCCCCGGGAGGAGGCGAUGGUCCCCCGGGAGGAGGCAAUGGUGGCCCGGGCGGAGGCGGAGGCGAAGGCGGAGGCGAAGCCGAAGCCGCAAACGCAGAAAAUGCAGCUGAAUAAGCCAGGUGGACCAAGCGUCCUUCUUUGCUACUUGACAAUAAUUCAUAAAUGUCUGUGUGCUUAGAUAUAUAUAAAUAUAUAAUAAAGAGGGUUGGAACAAAGACAA